UUUCGAUCCAGAUUCUCCAUCUUUCUCCAACCAGGCGAGGGACCAACCUGCGUCUAGCUCCCACUGUAGAUAUUUUCCCGCUGACACACACUCCAAAAGGCGUAAAGGACCACAAUCAUGACGGACUCCAAAUAUUUUACAACAAACAAAAAAGGGGAGAUCUUUGAACUGAAGGCAGAGCUGAACAAUGAGAAGAAGGAGAAGAGGAAAGAGGCAGUGAAGAAGGUCAUUGCUGCAAUGACAGUUGGCAAAGAUGUCAGUUCUUUGUUCCCAGAUGUGGUGAACUGCAUGCAGACGGACAACUUGGAGCUGAAGAAGUUGGUCUACCUCUAUUUGAUGAACUACGCCAAGAGCCAGCCGGACAUGGCCAUCAUGGCUGUCAACAGCUUUGUCAAGGACUGUGAGGAUCCCAACCCUCUGAUCCGAGCUUUAGCUGUCCGUACCAUGGGCUGCAUCCGAGUGGACAAAAUCACUGAGUACCUGUGUGAGCCGCUGAGAAAGUGUUUGAAGGAUGAGGAUCCAUAUGUGAGGAAGACGGCAGCUGUCUGUGUGGCUAAACUUCACGACAUCAACGCCCAGAUGGUGGAGGAUCAGGGUUUCCUUGACUCUCUGAGAGAUCUUAUUGCUGACUCAAAUCCCAUGGUUGUUGCCAAUGCCGUUGCUGCCCUGUCUGAGAUCAGCGAGUCUCACCCAAACAGCAACCUGCUGGAUCUUAAUCCUCAGAACAUCAACAAACUGCUGACGGCUCUGAACGAGUGCACGGAGUGGGGACAGAUCUUCAUCCUGGACUGUUUGUCUAACUACAACCCCAAAGACGAGCGUGAGGCCCAAAGCAUCUGUGAGCGUGUCACUCCUCGGCUGUCUCACGCCAACUCAGCUGUGGUGCUGUCAGCUGUCAAGGUGUUGAUGAAGUUCUUAGAGCUGCUGCCAAAGGACUCUGACUACUACAACACUUUACUGAAGAAAUUAUCCCCACCUCUGGUCACCUUACUCUCCGGAGAGCCUGAGGUCCAGUAUGUGGCUCUGAGGAACAUCAACCUCAUUGUCCAGAAAAGGCCAGAGAUUCUGAAGCAGGAAAUUAAGGUUUUCUUUGUUAAGUACAACGACCCGAUCUAUGUGAAACUGGAGAAACUGGACAUCAUGAUCCGCUUGGCUUCUCAAGCCAACAUUGCUCAGGUGCUUGCUGAACUGAAAGAAUAUGCAACAGAAGUGGAUGUUGACUUUGUGCGUAAGGCUGUACGAGCUAUUGGACGCUGUGCCAUCAAAGUGGAGCAAUCAGCUGAGCGCUGUGUCAGCACCCUGCUGGACCUGAUCCAGACUAAGGUUAACUACGUUGUUCAGGAGGCCAUUGUUGUCAUCAGGGACAUCUUCCGCAAGUACCCCAACAAGUAUGAGAGCAUCAUUGCCACUCUCUGUGAGAAUCUGGACUCCCUGGAUGAGCCUGAUGCUCGUGCUGCCAUGAUCUGGAUCGUUGGCGAGUACGCUGAGAGAAUCGACAACGCUGAUGAACUGCUCGAAAGUUUCCUCGAAGGCUUCCAUGAUGAGAGCACUCAGGUCCAGCUCACUCUGCUCACUGCCAUCGUCAAACUUUUCCUGAAGAAGCCGUCAGAGACUCAGGAGUUGGUGCAGCAGGUCCUCAGCCUGGCCACUCAGGACUCUGACAACCCUGACCUGCGUGAUAGAGGCUACAUUUAUUGGCGUCUGCUGUCCACUGAUCCUGUGACAGCCAAGGAGGUGGUCCUGUCAGAGAAGCCCCUGAUCUCAGAGGAGACAGACCUGAUUGAGCCCACCCUGCUGGAUGAACUCAUCUGCCACAUUGGCUCUCUGGCCUCUGUCUAUCACAAACCUCCCAGCGCCUUCGUGGAGGGCAGCCAUGGGAUCCACAGGAAACACCUUCCUGUUCAGCACAGCAGCAUUGAUACUGGUGAGAGCCCAGUGAGUGGCGGGCCAGCAGCUGCCAUUGAUCAGCCACAUGUGAUCCCCAGCCAAGGUGACUUGCUGGGGGACCUCCUGAACCUGGACCUUGGCCCUCCAGUCAAUGUGCCCCAGGUUUCCUCUAUGCAGAUGGGUGCAGUGGAUCUCCUGGGAGGAGGCCUGGACAGUUUGCUGGGGGGAGACCUGGGCGGAGGUGUUGGGGGAAGUCCAGCAGUGGGACAGAACUUCAUUCCUUCAUCUGUACCAAGUACAUUUGCUCCAUCACCUACACCAGCACCUCCAGCUGUCAGCAGCGGCCUCAACGACUUGUUUGAGCUCUCUUCAGGCAUGGCCAUCACCACUGGAGGCUACGCUGCUGCAAAAGCAGUGUGGCUGCCUGCUGUUAAAGCCAAGGGACUGGAAAUCUCUGGCACUUUCUCUCGUCGUCAGGGCCACAUGUACAUGGACAUGACCUUCACCAACAAGGCUCUGCAACACAUGACCGACUUUGCUAUUCAGUUUAACAAGAACAGUUUUGGGGUGAUUCCUACCAGUCCUUUGCCCAUUCACACUCCUCUGAUGCCCAGCCAGAGUAUCGACAUCUCUUUGCCUCUCAACACAAUUGGACCAGUAAUGAAGAUGGAUCCACUCAAUAAUCUGCAGGUGGCUGUGAAGAACAGCAUUGAUGUCUUCUACUUCAGCGUACUCAUCCCUCUCAAUGUAUUCUUUGUUGAAGAUGGAAAAAUGGAGCGACAGGUGUUCCUGGCAACCUGGAAAGACAUUCCAAAUGAGAACGAGCUGCAGUAUCAAAUAAAGGAGUGUCACCUAAAUGCAGACACAGUAUCAGGGAAGCUGCAGAAUAACAACAUCUACACCAUCGCCAAGAGAAACGUAGAAGGCCAGGACAUGCUCUACCAGUCCCUUAAGCUCACCAAUGGCAUCUGGAUCUUGGCUGAGCUCCGCAUUCAGCCUGGAAACCCCAACUACACGCUUUCUCUGAAGUGUCGGGCCCCUGAGGUGUCCCAGUAUGUCUACCAGAUGUACGACUCUGUGCUGAAGAACUGACCUGCUGUUCAACUUAGCACCUUUGCUUCAUCUUGACAUCAAAUAGCAGUGCUUUAUUGUUUUCUGCCAUUUGCAGUGACCUGGCAAAACAAAGGAAUCCCAACAGUGAAGCUGAAUGAAAAAAGUCUGGGGCCAUUUUUUGCCCGACUGACGAUCUUUAGUCUUCUAUCUUGUGCUUUGGUCAAACAGUACAACUGCUGUUGAUGUUUCCUUUCUUUUGUCAGAUGAACGCACUAACGAAUCCCUUUAUUAAACUACCCAUUUCAAUUUUACCUCCCUGUGAAAACAUGUCAACCAUUCCAUCCUUAACUAAACGUCUUAGUGUUGUGAAGAUGUGAUUGAGUGGAAAACACCACAGUUUCAAAAAGCCAUUGUUCUCCCUUUUUGUACUUAGUGCUGCUCUUUUCUUCUGCUUUGAUUUUGAUACUCUCUUUGCUUCAGCUGACCAAACUGAAUAACACCAGUGUUGAUUCAUUCCUUUUACUGUUUUCUGUGAAGAAACAACAACAACAAUAAUGUUCAGAAACUAAAUUUGAUGUUCUAAAUUGACAAAGACAUUGACACCGUAAGCAAAUAAUUUCAACAAGACUCCUUGUAUUUCAUAGGAUUGAAUAGUAUUAUUGUGCAAGGAAACAUUUCUUUUUUUUCUACAAGUGUGUACAAGAUUGCACAGCAACUGAAAAAAAGAAAUGUGGGCAGAAAUACACCACUAUUGUUCUGCAGGUUGCUGCACCAAGAUAAAAGCUCUUAAAAUUAUUGCAGUUUUAGUAUUUUUUCUGCUGUGAUUUCAUGAUCAGUCACUCUGACACUGAUAAAAGCUUGAAAGAAAAAUUCAAUUCCAAAACAAGAAUGCAUUCCAGUUGACCUGAGUGGACAGAGUUCUUUGUAAUAACAGUUUACCAAGCAACGGUUAACCCCUUGUUUCCACUUGCAUAUAGUGUUGGAGGUGAGUCAACCCAAAGUCCGUUCAUUCCUAUAGGAAUCUCUGAUGUCAUGCCUGAGAAAGACCUCCCUCCUGAAAUAUUUUCAUCUUGAAAUGUCUCGAGUACGUUGGAAAAGUCAAACUUUUUUGCUGGAUUUCAGAGACAGUAUGGCAGUGCGCUAGUUUAGUGAACAUGCUGGUAAAUUAGUCAGAUUAAUCACUAUGACAUGAAAACAGCAAGAUUAAUCAGUGGAUAUGAGAUGUUGUCAGAUCAUCUUAGCAGUUUCAAAUCUAUUUAUACUGUUUUGUAGAAAGUUAGAAGGCCAAAUCAAACAAAAACAGGUUAUUGAAGACACAAAUGAACAUUUGAAUGGAUAAACGAGUUAGCUUAUCUCAGCUUGUUUGGCUGUUCAUGCGUCUCUUAAAUAAGGUAUAUCUCAAAAUAUUCUACAGUCCAGGCAGGCCAACUUCCUCACUGAUUUUUAAACAUGUCUAAGUUAUUUCCCUUAAUACAAUCCAAGCCAUGGAAUGGAAAUAAGCAGACCAAAAAAAAAAGAAAUCAUCCUCCAGCUACGGGUACUUUCUAUCAGUCUUUUAAAAAGUUAGUCCUUGCAUUAGGAUACUAUGAGGCAUAAUCCUUUUAUUUAAGGAUAUAUGGACGUCAGUCAUGUACACAAGUGGAAACCAGGGGUUACAUGAAUGAAAGACAUAAAAAUAAGGAUAUCCUCCUGGAGAAGUCGCCCUUAUUUUCCGCUGAAAUAUUUGAAUUACCUUUGAACCACUACACAAACCACAGCAGCUCGCUCACCAGUGCUUGCACUUUUACAGCACACGUAAUUCCUUUUCUAACAGCUCUGUUUAAUCAAAGUAUGAAUUCUUUUAUCACCAUUCCUAUUUAUUGUGCAUCUACCUCUGUGUAUUUCCUUUUACCUUGCUUUAUUUGUGCCAUAGCUUCACUUCUAUAAUGUGAUUCAAACGUUGUCACCUCUACUUUUGACACCACUCUUCGUCUUAUUUUCAUUAAACUUACGGCCAGUAAGCCAAACCAAUCACAGGACCAAGCACACAUGCAAAUUAAAAGCCAAGCUUGUGUUUUAGUGCCCCAGUGUCAAUAUAACCUUCUAAUGUUGGCGUGUUCUGUGCUGUAGAACAAUAGGGUGUCUGUGCUCUAAAGCCCAGAGCUGCUUCAGUACAGUGUAGACAAGUCAUGGUGUUGUUUGAGUAGCAAACUUGAUGAAAUGUUUUGGUAUUACCUUCAAAUUUUAAAUGCAUUGCCUCUAUCUAAUCAACAGAAAAGGCAUAUCUGUGUAUCAUCAGGUGUCAUGUUGAUGCUAUUUUCCUAUGUGAAGUUAAAAUUAAAAUAAAUGUACAUAUGCCUGCAUGAGCCCACUGUCAGUUUUAACCCUUCAUUUAUAAUCUAAUCUUCAUCUUCUGUUCUGGAUCUCAUGUUUUUUAAAAGAGAAUUUUUUCAAGCAUUCCCACUAAUGAAAGUAUUCCCAAAUAUGUUGCCAUCAAUACAGAAUGUAUGGAUUCAGCUCUGACAUAAAAUGAGAAGUCUAUCAUCAUUGCUGUAACCCUGUUGUUAAUGAUUUGUCACUGUCACAGUACCGCAUCUCGUGUCAAUAAAAUGUCAAACAUU